AUGGCUCCCGACGACGAAACGUUGUUAGCAGCUGCUGCUCUUUUACGGGGUCUGGCAAAGGAUACACCGCUGCCCGCCUCGUUUCCAUUCAACGGCCACAAAUAUAACCAGCCACCGACAAAUGGUUACGAUGUCGCCAAAAUCAAGCUUCCCGGCUUGGAAAGUGAUGGCAAAGCUGCGUUGGAACGUGAGAUAGCUGCACUUAUCAGCAGAGUUAACACAUUACAGUUCUUCGUGCCACCCUCACGACACACCCGUGCUUCAAAUCUUAAAAACAUCCAUAACGAACCCGAUAACGACCAAGACACCGAUUCAAAGACUGUCUGUGAAGACGACUCUACCUCGGAUGAAGACGAUGACAUUGUUCAAGUUAAGAACCCCUAUGAAGAAGACAUCACUUAUCUCCGUAACCGUGUGCAGCUGCAGGCCGAUGAAAUCAAACUACAAAAGGAAAUAAUCACUCGUGUACGUGAUGAAUUACGGCUACAGGAAGAACACACCAAAAACGCGCUCGUCAAGGUGGAACGUGAAGAUGUCGGCCUUUUGGAACGUGAACUCCGCAAACAUCAACAAGCCAACGAGGCCUUCCAGAAAGCUCUUAGGGAAAUCGGCGGUAUCAUCACUCAGGUAGCCAACGGUGACCUCUCUAUGAAAGUCCAGAUCCACCCUCUGGAGAUGGACCCAGAAAUCACAACAUUCAAACGCACUAUCAAUACUAUGAUGGACCAACUCCAGGUGUUCGGAAGUGAGGUGUCCAGGGUCGCGAGAGAGGUCGGAACCGAAGGUAUUCUGGGUGGUCAGGCCCAAAUCACCGGAGUCAACGGCAUCUGGAAAGAGUUGACUGAAAACGUCAACAUCAUGGCUACCAACCUUACCAACCAAGUCCGAGAAAUCGCAACCGUCACAACCGCUGUCGCCCAUGGUGACCUUAGCCAGAAGAUUGAACGUCGAGCCAAGGGUGAGAUUCUUGAGCUCCAGCAGACUAUCAAUACUAUGGUUGAUCAACUUCGUACAUUCGCAACGGAAGUCACUCGAGUCGCCCGUGACGUAGGAACUGAGGGAGUCUUGGGUGGUCAGGCCCAGAUUGAUGGAGUCAAGGGCAUGUGGAACGAACUAACUGUCAACGUCAACGCUAUGGCUGAGAAUCUCACCACCCAAGUCCGUGAUAUCGCUACUGUCACUACCGCCGUGGCUAAGGGUGACCUUACCCAAAAGGUCCAGGCCAACUGCAAGGGUGAAAUUCUGGCGCUGAAGACCAUCAUAAAUUCUAUGGUUGACCAACUCAAACAAUUCGCCCAAGAAGUCACGAAAAUUGCAAAGGAAGUCGGCACAGACGGUAUGCUCGGUGGCCAAGCCACUGUUCAUGAUGUUGAAGGCACCUGGAAGGAUCUCACUGAAAACGUCAACGGCAUGGCCAUGAAUCUUACAACUCAGGUCAGAGAAAUUGCCGACGUCACCACUGCCGUAGCAAAGGGAGACCUUACAAAGAAGGUGACUGCAGAGGUCAAGGGAGAAAUCCUGGAUUUGAAAAAUACCAUCAACAGUAUGGUGGACCGUUUGAACACUUUCGCCUUUGAAGUCAGCAAGGUCGCUCGUGAGGUCGGAACCGAUGGAACCCUUGGAGGUCAAGCUAAGGUUGACAACGUUGAAGGAAAAUGGAAGGACCUAACCGACAACGUGAACACCAUGGCCCAAAAUCUUACUGUUCAAGUGCGAGCCAUAUCCAAUGUCACCCAGGCCAUUGCCAAAGGAAACAUGAACAAGAAGAUUGAUGUGCAUGCACAAGGUGAAAUACUCACUUUGAAAGACACCAUAAACAACAUGGUUGACCGACUUGCCAACUUUGCCCAUGAACUGAAGAGGGUUGCCCGCGAUGUGGGUGUCGAUGGAAAGAUGGGAGGUCAAGCAAACGUCGAAGGAAUUUCUGGCAGAUGGAAAGAAAUUACCGAGGACGUUAACACGAUGGCAGACAAUCUGACGUCUCAAGUGCGAGCCUUUGGAGAAAUUACAGAUGCAGCUACCGAUGGCGAUUUCACAAAGCUGAUCACUGUCGAAGCCUCUGGCGAGAUGGACGAACUGAAGAGGAAGAUCAAUAAGAUGGUGUCAAAUCUCCGAGACAGUAUCCAGCGAAACACAGCUGCUCGAGAAGCUGCCGAGUUAGCCAAUCGUACCAAAUCAGAGUUCUUGGCCAAUAUGAGCCACGAAAUCCGUACGCCAAUGAAUGGUAUCAUUGGUAUGACCCAGCUUACUCUCGAUACCGAUGACCUCAAGCCAUACCCACGUGAAAUGUUAAACGUGGUGCACAGUCUGGCAAACAGUCUCUUGACCAUUAUUGAUGAUAUUUUGGAUAUCUCAAAGAUUGAGGCAAACAGGAUGGUCAUCGAGAGUAUUCCGUUCACGAUGAGGGGUACAGUUUUCAACGCCUUGAAAACACUUGCUGUGAAGGCCAAUGAAAAAUUCCUCAACCUGACUUACCAGGUCGAUAGCUCUGUUCCCGACUAUGUCAUUGGAGACCCCUUCCGCCUUCGACAAAUCAUCCUGAACUUGGUUGGAAAUGCCAUUAAAUUCACUGAACAUGGUGAGGUAACGCUUGAGAUCAAGAAGCAUGUACCCCCACAACCUGCCAAUGGUGAGCCUGCACGAGAGGUGUGCGCUGAGGAUGAGUAUGCAUAUGAAUUCUCCGUCCAGGAUACAGGUAUUGGUAUUGCAAAGGACAAGCUGGAUAUGAUUUUCGAUACAUUCCAGCAAGCCGACGGCUCCACUACUCGCAAGUUUGGUGGUACCGGUUUGGGCUUGUCUAUCUCCAAACGAUUGGUUAACCUGAUGGGUGGUGAUGUCUGGGUCACUUCAGAAUACGGUCGUGGCAGUACCUUCCACUUCACUUGUGUUGUGAAACAGGCGGAUCAAUCUCUGGAUGUCAUUGCCUCAUCUUUGAUGCCAUACAAGGGUCACUCAGUUCUGUUCAUCGAUAAGGGGUUCACUGGUGACUACGCGCAGGAUAUUAUCGGCAUGUUGAAAGAGCUUGAUCUGAUUCCGAUCGUCGUUCACAACGAGACCAACGUUCCACCACCCGAAAUCAAAGACGACGAAGGUAAAGAGGCUGGACACGCUUAUGAUGUUAUCAUCGUCGAUAUGAUCGAAACGGCACGAACCUUGCGAACGUUCGAUGAGUUCAAGUACAUCCCCAUUGUUCUCUUGUGCCCAGUCGUUUCUGUUAGCUUGAAGUCAGCUCUUGACCUUGGAAUCACCUCUUACAUGACAACUCCAUGCCAGCCGAUCGAUCUUGGCAACGGCAUGCUCCCGGCAUUGGAAGGUCGCUCAACACCACUCACAUCCGAUGACUCUCGAUCAUUCGACAUCCUUCUGGCUGAAGAUAAUGACGUUAACCAGAAGGUUGCCGUUAAAAUACUAGAGAAAUGCAACCACGGCGUUACCGUUGUCGGCAACGGUCUCCAGGCUCUCGAGUCUAUUAAGAAACGCCGAUUCGACGUUAUCCUCAUGGAUGUCCAGAUGCCAAUCAUGGGUGGCUUCGAAGCGACCGGUGAAAUCCGUGCAUACGAGAAGCGUCACGGCCUUUCAAGAACACCCAUUAUUGCCCUAACGGCACACGCUAUGUUGGGUGAUCGUGAAAAAUGUAUCCAAGCCCAGAUGGACGAAUACCUCUCCAAGCCGCUUAAACAGACACAGAUGAUGCAGACAAUUCUCAAGUGCACCACUCUUGGAGGGCCUUUGCUUGAGAAGAGCAACAAUGAGUCGAGGCUUGGCAUUAACACGCAGAUGCAUGGUAGAUCCCGUAUGCACUCGUCUGAUUAUCGGGAUCGACGCCCGCGUUUAGACCCACGCUUAGAGCCACGAGCUUACGGAGGCGCAGAAGGGCCAACGAGCUCAACGGCUGAAGCCAAGAAAGCCAGUACUACUGAAUCGAGGGUAGUCGAUAUCUCGGACAAACAGUAG